AUGGAUAAUACUGAAUACCACCCUUGGGAGAUUACUUCCUUGCUUAAAAGUCAUGAUAUACUCGUACCAAAAAUCUCUACAAAGCUUUUAAUCAGCCUGUUUGUGAUUUCAAUCCAGAAAAUAUACCAAAUGACUAUUGAAGAGGUUGAAGCUCCAGUUGAUCAAAUCACACCACCUCAUUCCAACUCCAACAAAGACUCCAUCUCCACUACAAACUGGGAUCAAGACACCUUGACUAUUCCACGUCUUCAGAUUGUGGAUGAAAAUCAAAAGUUCACCGAUGAUCUACCAAACUAUCUUUCAAAGUGGCACUUGGGCGAAGCAGGAUUCAAAUACAACGUAGUUGCCGUGUUCGGUUCUCAGAGCACAGGUAAAAGCACCUUGCUUAACGGCCUAUUUGGCACCUCGUUCGAUGUGAUGGAUGAGAACCAAAGAAGCCAAACAACCAAAGGUAUCUGGAUGUCUCGUGGCAGAGGUAUGCAUGUGCUUGUAAUGGAUGUAGAGGGCACAGACGGUCGUGAACGCGGUGAAGAUCAAGACUUUGAGCGCAAAUCAGCCUUGUUUUCCAUGGCUACCAGUGAAGUGAUCAUUCUCAAUUUAUGGGAACAUCAAGUGGGUCUCUACCAAGGUGCAAACAUGGGGUUACUAAAGACCGUAUUUGAAGUGAAUCUGCAGUUAUUUCAGACACAAAAGAGCAAGGAAAAGACACUCUUGUUGAUUGUGAUUAGAGACCAUGUUGGGUCUACACCAUUGGCUAACUUGGCAAAGACACUGCAAUCUGAUUUGGAGAAAAUAUGGGUUGGUUUAUCAAAGCCUGAAGGUCUUGAAGAUUGCAAAAUUCAUGAUUACUUUGACUUCAUGUACACUGGAUUACCUCACAAAGUGCUCUUGCCUGAGAAAUUCAAUGAAGAAGUAGCCAAGCUGCGUACCAGAUUCAAUGACCCUCAAAACCCCGACUUUGUAUUUAAGCCAGAGUAUCAUAAGCGUAUUCCUGCUGAUGGCUAUCAUAUCUAUGCUUCUGGUAUUUGGGACAAAGUGCUCACCAACAAAGAUUUGGAUCUUCCCACACAGCAAGAGUUGCUCGCUCAAUACAGAUGUGAUGAAAUCUCCAGUGCUGCAUUUGAGGUGUUUUCCAACAAACUUGCUCCUUUCAAACAGCCCAUUCUUGAAAAAGCUCAAACCAUCGACAACCUCGGUCCACAAAUGCUUGAAAUUCGACAAGAAGCUGUUGCUGCAUUUGACAAAAACGCAUCCCGCUAUCACCAAGGCGUAUAUCAAAAGAAGCGAGCAGAAAUGUUAACUAAACUGAACAUACAGCUCAAUGUAUUGUUUGUUGGACAGCUGAAGAAUUUACACAAGAAGGCAGUCGUUAUGUUUGAUGAGAAUCUCAAGGCUGAAUUGAAGAGACCAAAUUACAAUUUCGCAGUUGCUGUGGAAAACUGUUUGAAGGCUGCAACUGACUAUUUUUUGACAGGUGCUAAAGCUAUCUUGUUGCCUGAAACUGACUGGUCUUACGACAGUGAAUAUGCUUCUCUUGAAGAAGAGUUCACUGAAGUGUCUACAAAGGCCCGUACGGACGAAUUCAGAAAGAUGACCAAAUCUCUGACAAAACAAGUCGAGAAUGAGCUUUCUGAGCCUAUUACAUUGGCAUUGAACAACCCAGGGCCCAACCCAUGGCACAAGAUCCUCCAAGCUUAUUCAAAAACAGUUGAACAUGGCCAAACUACUCUCAACAAGAUUGCUGAAAGUUUCAACUCGUCUGAUGCCGAGAUACAAGAGUCAAUCGCUGACCUCAGACUGCAAGCAUGGAUUGUGCUUCGUAAGAAAGUGGACGAAGAGCUUGCUGAUACAAUGCUUCUGUUGAAGCUUCGCUCAAGGUUUGAAGAAAAGUUUAGAUAUGACGACCAUGGACUUCCCCGAGUUUGGAAACCAGAAGAUGAUAUUGACACUUUUUUCAAGAGAGCGAAAGAAGAUACAUUGACACUCAUCGCUUUAUUUGCUAAAAUCAAUUUGAAAGAUGACCCAGACUUCAAGGUUGAAUCGGAUGAUGAAGAUUUCGAUUUCGAACAAUCACUCAUCGUCCUAAGUGAAGCCAAGCAAAUCGACAUUUCCAAUCGUUUCAAGAGAGAAUCUGAUGCAUUUUAUCUGGAAGCCAAACGAUCUGUCGUUUCAACAACUGCUAAAAUCCCUACCUGGGCAAUUGCAGCCAUGGUAUUUUUGGGUUGGAACGAGUUUAUGACAGUUAUCAGAAACCCAUUGUAUAUGAUCUUGUUUGUAUUGUGCAUCACUUUUGGUUAUGUCAUCUUCGCUUUGAAUUUGUGGGGUCCAUUGGAACGUAUUAUAUCAACUGUUGUCGGCGAGGCAACAAGAAUUGCAAAGGAGUGCAUUGCAGAAGGUGUAGAAAUCGCAAAAGAACAAACACAUCAUCAACAGCAAGGCAAAAACAGCAGUAAAAUAAACGAAAAGAAGGAUCAGUAG